AUGCAGCCCGACCCGCUGGCGGCGGCGGUCAGGCAGUGCCCGUUCCUUGCCCUGGUGGGGGCGCAGCAAGGGGAGCAAUAUGCCCGCAACCUGGCGGCCAACCCCUUCGCCCGGGCCUCGGCGGGGCCCCUGCUGCUGGAGGAGGGCUACGCAGCCACGCUCAGGCUGUUCCACGGGCCGGGCGGUGUUGUGCCCCUGCGCCGCUUUGACGCUACGGCCGCGGACGCCGCGCCGGCAAGCGGCGGCUGCCCCUUCCACGCAGCUGCUGCCGAGGCCAAGGCGCAGCACGCUAGUACAGCUAGCAGCAGCAGCCUCUCUCCCGAGCAUGCAGUGACCACGGCAGCGGUGCCGGCAGCCCAAUGCAGGGCUGGUGCGGCGGCAACGACGCACUCUGCGCCCUCGCCGCUGGCACGUGCCCCCUUUGCCUCCAUCAGCAUCUCUGGAUUUGGCUUUGUGCCCGACCCGGGGCAGCUGUUCAACCGUCCGCCGCGCGCCAAGCAGCAGCAGCAGCAGCGCAAACCGGCCGACCCAGGCAAUAGCCGUGCCGGCACUACCGGCAAUAGCAGCACCAACGGCGGCAGCGGCAGCAGCGGACGCCCCGGUGCUGCCAGCGGCGGCAGCCCCGGAGUGUCCUCUGGAGGCAGUAGCGGCAGCUCCGGGCGCCUGCACCCUGCUGCCGGCGCUCCAGGCAAAGGUGGCUGCACAAGCGCUUGGGGCCGCGCCAUCGGCGGCCUGAUCCCCCUAGCAGCCAACGGCCAGCUCUCCUGCCCCGCCCCCAUUGUCAAAAUGCGCGCGGUGGUAGCCGCGCUCAAGCCGGUCAGGCAGCUUCGACCGCAGGCGCUGCCCAUCAGGGCGCUGGCCAUGGGCGGCACUGCCAUCGCCGCCAACCUGCCGUGCGGGGCGUGGCGCGAGCACACCAAGAAGUUUUCGCCGCAGUGGUUCCUGGCGGUGCACGCCACCAUCCCGUUUGUGGCCAUGCUGCGCAAAGCCGUGCUCAUGCCAAAGUGGGCCAUCCUGCUGACGGUGGCGGGCGCAAUUGCCGGCCAGAACGUGGGGGCUCGCAUGGAGCGCAAGCGCGUGGUCAGCCGGCGCCAGGCUGGCAGAAGCGCAGCACGUGACUGCGUGAUGCCAAGCCUAGACGACGGGUGCCGGCGGUGCCUGAAUGCGGCGCAGGCAGCCAUUGCAUGGACGCUGGCCCCGGUUGUUGUGUCAUAG